ACAUCCUCGCACCAUAUUAUCCGUAAGAAAUUUGCCACCUUGGUAUAUGAUGAUUUAUAUGAACUACAGCCCCUCAUUUACCUGAAUUCAUCGCCUGCAGCAUGUACUUCUUUUAUAUCCUCUGUAUCGUAAUGCUGAUGAUUGAGAACCACGAUUGCGGAAGGUAUCAUAAGAUUCCAGUUGGUGCAAAUCAGAGGGAGGUGCGUUACGCGGAAGGUGAAACUAACAGUCAUACUUGUCGCAAUGGUGACAAAAAGAAUCCGGAUCAAAAAAGUAGCAGCCUUGCACAGAAAGCUGCGCAAGAAGCCAAAGCAGCCUCAGAUGCUCAAAACAUUGCUGGUCAGCAAGCCGCUCAUCAAGUGAAAACCCAACUGGCCGAAAAAGCAGUGCACGCUGCCAAAGCUGUGGACGAGGUACUUUCACGGAAGAAGAUGUUGGUAGCAGAAUUGCAGGAAGAGGUAAAGGAAGCUCAAUCGGUCGUGCAAGAAGAGACCUCGUCUUUGGAUCGGGAACAAUCGAAUGUCAACGCUGCUUUGCAAGCUGCACGACAAUCUCAAGACCAGCUAAAGACGCUGUCGCACGCGGUGCAAACGGCCAAAGCGAACGCGGCGAACGCGCAGGCGGCUGCAAGCGGCGUUCAAAAAACCUUGCGAGAGAAAGAGGAAUUGUUGGACGCGGCGAGGAGGCGGGUCGACGAAUUGUCGAAUCAGUUGAAAGUCGCUAGACAGGAACUCACUAACACGAACCGAGCGGCUGCCAAAGCGAACGCCGCGGCGACCGAAGCGAAAGCCAAUGCUAGCAGGAACAAAAGGCGAUUGGAGAACAUCAGGAGGAUGAGAGUCGUCAAACGAUGCGCACACGAUCAAAAAUGAACGGUGACCAAUGCUUCUAGAAAGGCGUAUAAGACUAUAAAAUAUUAUAUGUUGUACUUCUUAAUUGGAUAAAAAUAAAUUUACACUGCAAUCUCGAAA